AUGGCCGCUGCUACGUUGUCGUUAUCGUCGCCGUCGCCGCGGUCGUCGUCGUGGAUUUCUUCGAUCCUCGACCAACACCGGCCUGCGUUGGGGCCGUACGAAGAACUGUACAGGCACUUGCACCAGCACGGGGAGCUGUCGACGCAGGAGAAAGAGACGGCGGCUCUGAUGGCGUCGCAGCUUCGCAAGAUUUCCGACUCGUUCGACAUCCGCACCGGCAUCGGCGGCCACGGGUUGGUCGCGAUCCUGGACAACGGGCCCGGGACGACGAUCCUGCUGCGGGCGGACAUGGACGCGCUGCCGGUGCAGGAGAAGACGGGGCUGGAGUACGCGAGCACGAAGCGGAUGCGCGACGACACGGACGGGCUGGAGAAGCCGGUGAUGCACGCGUGCGGGCACGACUUCCACAUGACGGCGCUGUUGGCGGCGGCGGAGACGCUGGUGUCGGCGCGUACGGCGUGGAGCGGGCGCAUCGUGUUCCUGUUCCAACCGGCGGAAGAGCGCGGCAGCGGGGCGCAGGCGAUGGUGGACGACGGGCUGUACGACGCGGGGCGGCACGCGUGUCCGAUCCCGGACGUGGUGCUGGGCCAGCACGUCCUGCCCCUGCGAGCGGGCACGACGGCGACGCGGGCAGGGUCGCUGAUGUCGGCUGCCGACAGCUUCCGCAUCACCAUCUACGGACGCGGCGGCCACGGGUCGAUGCCGCACCGCACGAUCGACCCCGUCGUGGUGGCCAGCCACGUCGUCGUGCGGCUGCAGACCAUCGUGGCGCGCGAGGUCCCGCCCAGCGAGACGGCCGUCGUGACCGUCGGCGCCCUGCAGGCCGGCAGCGCCGAGAACGUGAUCCCGGACGAGGCCGUGCUCAAGAUCAACAUCCGCACCGUCUCCGCCCUGUGGCGCGACCGCGUGCUCGCCGCCGUCCAGCGCAUCGUGCGCGCCGAGUGUCUCGCCGCCAACUGUCCGCGCGACCCGUCCUUCGAGCCCACCUCGUCCUUCCCGCUGACCGUCAACCACGCCGCCGUCGCCCACUCCAUCAACGAUGCCUUCACCGCGUACUUCGGCGACGCUCACGAUCCCAACGUCCCCAACGCCCUCGGCAGCGAGGACUUUGGUAUCCUCGCCACCGCCGUCGACCGGCCCUAUUGUUUCUGGUUCUUCGGCGGCGUCGACCAGGUCGCCUUUGAUGAGGCCGUCGCACGGGGCGACGAGGCCACCAUCCCCGUCAACCAUAGUCCGUUCUUCGCGCCGGUCUUGCAGCCCACUUUGACUACGGGCAUCAAUGCCUUGGUGGUUGCUGCUCUUACCUACCUUGGGACGGGGGGGAGGUAG